AUGCCAAUUCGAGGAAACAUUCUUGAAGCCUCAGUUGGCAGAGGAAUAGAGGAAAACGAAUCCAUGGAAGUGAAUAAAGAAAUUCCAGAACCUCAUGCAUCUACAAAUAGUGCAGAUGGUGAAUCUAAUCUUGAAGAAGCCGAUGACAAAAAUAGAAAAGCUUCUAAAAUGUUCAACCAACAAGAACUUAAUGAUUUCGUAAGAGAUUUAGGACUUUCAAAAGAAAACGCUGAGUUACUCGCAUUUAGGCUAAAAGAAACAGGAUUUCUUACAAAAACUACUAAGGGUUUCACGUGGGACGCCAUGUUAAAACAUACCAAAGUUAUUUUCAAAUUACUCAUCGACUUCGAUGUGGUCUUGUUUAUCGAAAGUGGUAUACGCGGUGGCUUGAGUCAAUAUUCCGGUAGAUAUGCGCAAGCCAAUAACAAGUAUAUGCAGUCUUACAAUCUAUUGAAACUAUCAUCGUACUUAAUGUACUUUGACGUGAACAAUUUAUUGGAUCUAUGCUGUCUGUCUUUAAUCGCGUUAGAUUCUCCCAUAUGUUAUAUUCUCGAAGUCGAUUUAGAGUAUCCGCAACGUUUACACGUCGCUCACGCCGAUCUACUGUUUUGUCCGACCCGUGCAAAACCGCCAGGCAAAAGACAAGAUAAAUUACU